AUAAAGCAUGAUUCUAAUAGCUUCUCAUCUCUUUUUCUUUUUCUUUUUCUUUUUCUAUUUGUUUUAUAUUCCUUCUCUCUCAUCUGGAGCUAACACUUUAUCCGUGGAUCAAUCUCUCUCUGGAAACCAGACCCUUAUCUCUCUUGCUGAAACUUUUGAAUUGGGUUUCUUUAAACCAGGUGAGUCUUCCACCUAUUACAUAGGAAUUUGGUACAAGAAAGUCAAAACAAGAACCAUAGUCUGGGUAGCAAAUAGAGAUACACCCAUUUCCAAUAUAUUAUCUUCUAAAUUACAAAUUGUAAAUGGUAACUUAGUGCUCUUAGAUGAGUCAAACACCCAAAUUUGGUCAACAAAUCUAACCCCAGCACCUACAACUUCAACAUCAGCAGUUCUUCUUGAUGAUGGUAAUUUAGUUUUGAGAUAUGAUUCAAGUUCAAUUUCAAUCACACCAAUUUGGCAAAGUUUCGAUCAUCCAACCAAUACUUUCUUGCCUGGUGGCAAGUUUGGAUACAACAAGCGUACAAACACAAAGCAGAUUAUCACUUCUUGGAAAAGUACAGAAGAUCCAGCAAUGGGUCCCUUUUCUUUAGAGGUUGAUCAAGAUGAGAAACAGUAUGUGAUUAAAUGGAAUAGAAGUGUAGAGUAUUGGGCUAGUGGAUCUUGGAAUGGUAGAAUCUUUAGCUCCUUACCUGAAAUGCGAUUGAAUUAUAUCUUUAACUUCAGCUACAUUGACAAUGAAAACGAGAGUUAUUUUACAUAUUCUUUAUAUAAUCCAUCAAUUAUUUCAAGACUGAUUAUGGAUGUCUCUGGGCAGAUUCAACAGCAGACCUACUUGGAAAGUCUCGAUCAGUGGAAUCUCUUUUGGACUCAACCUAGAUCACAGUGUCAGGUGCAUGCUUUUUGUGGGCCUUUUGGUAUUUGUAGUCAAACGGGAUUACCUUUCUGUAGUUGCUUGACUGCUUUUGUGCCUAAAUCACUGAAUGAUUGGAAUCUGAGUGAUUUCUCUGGUGGGUGUGUGAGAAGAACGGAAUCCAAUUGUGGAAUUAAGGAAGAAAAACCUGGGUUUAUUCAAGGUUAUGUCCCAGUCAGUUAUCUUUCCACAUUUCUUGAAACUGAAACUCCGGAAUCUGAAACUCCAAAAUCGGAAUUGGAUGAGUCGGCAUGCAGAAGAUCUUGCAUGGAUGACUGCAGCUGUGAUGCGUAUAGUUUUAUCUUGAAAAUAUGUCGACUUUGGAACAGUGAAAAUCUGAAUAAUGUAUCACUUCUAUUUGUUUCUGAUGAUGCUAAUAGUAGGACAUUUCCAGUCAACAUUAAAGUUUCUUCAUCAGAUCUUCAGAGCAGUAGUACAAAAAUCAAGACCAAAGUGCUAGUAGCAGGAAUCGUUUCAGGGUUUUGUGGUCUUGUGUUUCUUUGCAGCAUUGGCAUUAUAUUCUACAGAAGGGUGAAAAGACAAGGAAGCAGAGAUAAUGGGGAAAAUUUUGAACAUGAGUUUCAAGAAAAUGGAAGAAAUGUUAGAUAUUUGGUAGAUCCAGGGAUAUUGAGUGCAGAAGAUAGAAAAGGAAUUGAUGUGCCUUUCAUUGAAUUCAAAACCAUUUUAUCUGCCACGGACUAUUUUUCUUUAGCAAAUAAACUUGGACAAGGGGGAUUUGGGCCUGUUUACAAGGGAAUACUUCCUGGAUUAGGUGAAGUAGCAGUGAAAAGGUUGGCGAGCCAAUCUGGACAAGGGCUCAAGGAGUUCAAAAACGAAGUGUUGUUAAUUGGGAAACUUCAACAUCGUAAUCUUGUUAGGCUCUUAGGUUAUAGCAUGAAGGAUCAUGAAAUGAUACUACUCUAUGAAUACAUGCAUAAUAAAAGCUUGGACCGUUUCAUCUUUGAUAGGACGCUUUCUGUGUGUCUUGAUUGGGAUAUACGGUUUGAUAUCAUCAUGGGGAUUGCUCGAGGGCUUUUGUAUCUUCACCAAGAUUCACGGUUGAGGAUUAUUCAUAGAGAUUUGAAAGCUAGCAAUGUGUUAUUAGAUGAAGAUAUGAAUCCCAAGAUUUCAGACUUUGGUUUGGCAAAGAUAGUUAAAGGCCGAGAAACCGAAGAUAAUACCACUAGAGUUGUUGGAACCUAUGGCUAUAUGUCUCCUGAAUACGCGCUAGACGGAUUUUUCUCGGUAAAAUCCGAUGUUUUUAGCUUUGGGGUAGUAAUACUUGAGAUUAUAAGUGGGAAAAGAAACACGGGUUAUUAUCACUAUCAACAAGCCUUUAGCCUUAUAUCCUAUGCAUGGGGUUUGUGGAAAUCGAAAAGGCCAUUGGAAUUAGUGGAUCUGGCAUUAGUGGAAACAUGCAAUUCCAUUGAAGUGUUGAGAUGUAUGAUUGUUGGGCUUUUGUGCAUACAAGAAGACCCUAGAGAUCGACCAACAAUGGUAAAUGUGGUUUUAAUGUUGGGGAUGGAUAUUGAGAGCCUCCCGGACCCAAAAGAACCGGCGUUUGUUUCAAAAAGAAGUAUCGAUCGGUUGCCAUCGACUUCGAGUAAAUCAGAGAUUAAUCAAUUGACCAUUACUCAAGAAGAAGGCCGAUAGAAAAAGUGGAAUCUUUUUCAUUUUUUGUUUUAUAUAAUAAAAAACAUAUUCAAAUUCAAACUAAAAAAAUUAAUGUAAAUAAGAGUUGGAUUUAAUUAUAUAUAAUAGUACCCUCAAAGCUUAUCAUAAUAGAUUAUAAUGGCCUCAUGACCUGCAAAGAACAUCUUUAAGUUUAAUACAAUUCACAUUUCACCUUCACCCUAUUUCCAACUACAUGAUGCGGAUGAGAAGGUUUUCUUGCAUAGAAUAAGAUUAGUUGCUAAAUAUGAUACUCUUCCAAUGUUGGAUUUCGUAUCUGCAAAGAAACCCCCCUGCAUAGAUGAGUUGCUACAGCCUACAGCUUGACCAAUCAUAUAUUGUACUACAAUGCAUAGUAAGACAAAUAAUCACGGACUUGGAUUAAAAAGAUACCUUGAAAGUCUGGAAAUUUCUCUCAAAUCACCUAAUCACAAAUAUUAGGAACAGAGUUGAUAGGGUAAGGGAAUGAGUCACUACAUUCCAUGAUCAUGCUUGAUUAGCCUUUAGGCUCAAUUUUCAAAAUCCCCUCAAACCCAAAGGAGACAGCAGGGUAGGGAUGGUGGUGGCGUUCUGCUGCAGGAAACGUUUUCCCUUUUGAUGCAAAACACCAUUCUUGAACCACUUCCUUUGUUUUCAGCAUCCCUAAUUAAGUAUGCCAUUUCCUACGACUUCAAAUCGAUUCCAUUCUCAUCCAUCAUCACCAACCAAUCAUGUGGUUUGAUGAAAUUUAUGAAACACACCUCUUCGUUUUCAAUAUGGAACCUUGAAUCGAUUUAGUUCUUGGGGUUGGAUCGGAUUUGUAGGACAUGAACUAUGCAGUAAGGUUUGAGUUGAUUAUUAAUUGGACUCCUGUUUUGCCGACUGUAGCGUAAAAGGGGGUGGCAGGGGUGGGGAUGGCGGUGGCUUUGUGGUGCAGGGGUGGAGGAGUGGCGGCGGGGGUUAGAGGUUGUGGUUGCUGGCGACUAAGAUGGCGAUGAUGGAGUGUCAAAAGCGGGAGAGGGAAGAAUGGUCCCGAUUGGGAUGAAUGGCUGAUG